UGUGUGUGUGUGUGUGUGUGUGUGUGUGUGUGUGAGAGAGAAAUAGAGAAAUAGAGAAAUAGAGAAAUAGAGAAAUAGAGAGCGAUUACAGAAAAUGACAGAGGAAAAUAUAAUUUUCUUUGGCGAUUUAGAAUAUACAGGUAACAUCUUGUUGGGUGAGAACCAGGCAGGAAGGAGUGGUCUCAGACCAAAAGCAGCAACAGUCAUGGUUUGGAGAGCAGGCCUUCUGCUCAGCAUACUGCUAGCUACAGCCACACACACCAUGUCUGCCAGCUUCCCAGAGGACAGUAUACCCCUGGACGCUGUGGAUGCACACUUCUCGCGGCAGUACCCAGUGUUCCGAGGUCGUCCGUCGGGGAACGAGUCACAGCACAGACUGGACUUCCAACUGAUGACCAAGAUACAGGAUACACUGUUCAUCGCUGGCAGAGACCAGGUGUAUCUAGUGAGUCUCCGAGAAUCCUACAGGAAUGAGAUCAUUCCCUACAGGAAGUUAACAUGGAGGUCAGGCGAGGCAGACAGAAAGAACUGUGCCAUGAAGGGGAAACACAGAGAUGAGUGUCAUAACUACAUCAAGGUUCUGGUUCCCAGAAAUGAUGACCUGGUGUUCAUCUGUGGAACAAACGGCUUCAACCCCAUGUGCCGGUACUACAGGCUGGAUAACCUGGAGUUUGAUGGGGAGGAAAUCAGCGGACUGGCACGAUGCCCGUUUGACGCCAAGCAGACCAACGUCGCUCUGUUCGCUGAUGGGAAGCUGUACUCGGCAACGGUUGCUGACUUCCUGGCGAGCGACGCAGUGAUCUACCGUAGUAUGGGUGACGGCUCGGCCCUCAGGACUAUCAAAUACGACUCCAAAUGGCUGAAAGAGCCCCAUUUCCUGCAUGCAGUGGAUUAUGGGAACUAUGUCUACUUCUUCUAGACAGCAGAACACAACAACUUGGGCAAGGCCGUCUACUCCAGAGUGGCUCGUAUCUGUAAGAACGACGUAGGCGGGUCUCAGCGUGUGUUGGAGAAACACUGGACGUCCUUCGUCAAGGCCAGACUCAACUGUUCUGUUCCUGGAGAAUCCUUCUUCUACUUCGAUGUUCUACAGUCCAUCACUGACAUCAUCAACAUCAACGGAGUUCCUUCUGUGGUGGGAGUCUUCACUACACAGAUGAACAGUAUCCCAGGGUCUGCAGUGUGUGCGUUCUCCAUGGAUGACAUAGAGACGGUGUUCAGAGGACGAUUUAAAGAACAGAAAACACCUGACUCUGUCUGGACCGCCUUCCCAGAGGAGAGACUGCCCAAACCCAGGCCAGGCUGCUGUGCGGGCCACGGCCAGGCUGAGUCCUAUAAGACCUCUAUAGAGUUCCCUGAUGAGACCCUCCUCUUCAUCAAGUCUCACCCCCUCAUGGACUCCUCCGUGCCUAACAUAGGAGACGAGCCCUGGUUCACCAAGACACGCGUCAGGUACAGGCUGACAGCCCUGGCGGUGGACAACGCGGCUGGUCCACAUGGUAACUACACGGUGCUGUUCAUUGGUUCAGAGGCGGGCGUGGUGCUGAAGGUUCUAGCCAAGACUUCCCCUCUGUCCCUAAACGACAGCAUCCUAUUGGAGGAGAUUGACCUGUUUAACAGAGCCAAGUGUCUGUCUAACAGUGAGGAUGACAGGCAUAUUUUGUCGCUCCAUGUUGACAGAGACACACACAGUGUGUAUGUAGCUUUCUCAAGCUGUGUGGUUCGCAUGCCUCUCAGCCGCUGUGAGCGGCACACUAACUGCCACAAGUCUUGUAUAGCGUCCAGGGACCCCUACUGUGGCUGGAUGCCUCAUGGAGCCUGUGAGAGGAUCCUGCCUGGAGUUCUGACUGGUUAUGAGCAGGAUGUAGAGUUUGGGAACACGGUUCAGCUGGGAGACUGCCAUGUGUUUUUGGCCACUACAUCUGCGACAGAUUACAAAUCAUUUGGUGACCCGACCUCUGACAUGGAGUUGUCAUCUACGUCAUUCACAGACCAGCCCAGUGGGCCCAUACACCCCCCAGUACCCCCAGUACUCACCCCCACCCUGAGCCCCCAUCCUGGGUUUGGUCCUGGGGAAGGGCCUGGGUUGGGGCCUGGGGCUGGUUUUCCAGACCUGUAUGGCUCAGGGUUUGUGCAGCAGGAUGACCCGGCCACCUCCCAUUCACUAGAGUCACUCCCAGGGGGCCUAGAGGGUGUGUGGGAGAUCCAGGCGGGAGAAGCCAAUCAGAUGGUCCACAUGAAUAUCCUGAUCAGCUGUGUGUUGGCUGCCUUCCUCCUGGGUGCGCUAGUGGCCGGCCUGGUGGUGUUCUGCUACAGAGACUCCUUCCUCCGCCACAAGCCCCGGCACGCCCACAAGGAUGCAGAGUCAGCCCCCUCCUGCAGCGACUCCACCGGAUCCUUCGCUAAGCUCAACGGGCUCUUCGACAGUCCUGUCAAGGAGUACCAGCCAAGUCUGGACUGUCCCAAGCUGUACACCAACUUACUGAGCAGUGGUAAGGACCUGACGCCUAACGGAGACACCAAGACCAUGAUCCUCCGGGACGGCUGUCAGCCCCAGCUGGCCGCCCUGCCCACCCCCGAGUCUACCCCUGUGCUGCAGCAGAAAGGCCUGCAGCCAAUCAGGAACCAAUGGGAGCGAGCCAAUCACCACGGGAAGAUCAACGGAUCCAGGAAGAACUCCAACUCUACCUCCUCCUCCAUUGCCAAGAGUCCCCAGUUCCACCCCAGUUCCCCCCCUCCUCACCCCCAGCCCCACGCCCACCCUGCGCUGGGACACUCCCACAUCCCCAGCGCCGUCGUCCUUCCCAACGCCACGCACGAAUACCGCAGUGGUUACCAUGGAAACCCGACCGACGACGUCACGCCGCCGCGCACCCUGGACAGGAAGCCAGAGAACAUGGAACACCUGCAGGCCACGCCCCCUCAUUCUAAAGGAAGCAGGAAGGAGCAGAAGAGGUCGCUGGAUGCCAGGAACACACUGAACGACCUGCUGAAGCACCUGAACGAUGCUAACACGGCUAACGCUAGCUCCAAGGCUAUCCUCCAAGAGGGGGCCGGCUCAGCGCCCCGACCCAGCAGACAACACCUGAUGCUGGAGCCUCUAGGGGACAUCACUGAGGUUCCCCCCAAGGUCCCCAGCCGAGAGGCCUCUCUUUACUCCCCCUCCUCCUCCUCCUCUCUGCCCAGGCACAGCCCCACCAAGAGGGUAGACGUCCCACUGCCCUCCACCCCUAGCUCCCCCACAGGCAGCCUGGGUAUGGGAGGAAGCAUGAGCGGCACCCUGGAGAGGAGGUACGGCUCUCAUCACAGGAUCUCUUCUCACAGACACUCACUCACCGCCACCUCUCCCAACGGGGUCAGUAUGGGGGUGUCGUUGUCCCACCAACACAGUAUGAACAGAGGGGGGUACAUGCCCCCCACCCCUCCCUCCAGACUGGACUCCCAGAGGGGGCUUCACUCCCCCCAUCAACACCCCCACCCCCCCUCCCUGUCCCGCCAGAGCAGCUACAGUGGGCACGGCUCGCUCCCCCGCCAGGGGCUUAAACGAACCCCGUCCCUAAAGCCUGACGUCCCCCCUAAACCCAACGCCUUCACCCCACAGACUCCUCAGAUGAGGGUGGUCAACAAGUACAGCUACUAGGACACCAUAGACACUAUGGAGUGUACUACCAAGGGACGGGGCAGGGGCACUACUGAGUGUGCUCUAGAGCCAGACUGGUUGUGAGAAGGCUUAGGGAGAGAGUAGGAUCAUGUGUGUGUCGGUGUGUGUUCCCAGUGGAAUGAUUCAUUCCUUCACUCUAAAAAGAGAAAAUCACACCAGAUGUGACGUGGAGGUCUGUGUCUUGUCUUGUGGCUCCAUGUUUCUCUCCAUCUCACAACACACUGGUCAGUCUCCUCUAACCCUGACCCCUGGCCCUGACUCACUAACCCCAGCCCAGCCCCAGGACAUAAGGCAGGAUGGGGGUAGGGGUCCUGAAGGGGACUAGCGUGGCCCCCAGUGUGUAGCCUGGCCCUAUGAUCCCGACUGUGGACGGUACGAGGUCUAACUCCGAGAACUACUUGAAGAAUGGGUCUGAUGUCUCACUGUCACUAAGCACUGUCUGUUUGUGUCACAAAUGGCACCCUAUUCCCCUUUGUUGUCAACUACUUCUGACCACGGCACAUAGGCCUGGUUGUACCUAGUGCACUAUAUAGGGAAUAAGGGUGCCAUUUGGGGGACACCCUAUGUCUUCCCAUGAAUGUGAACUGGACUGAACUGAACAAGGAGGAGGAAUACAAUAGAACUGUUUGUAUCUUAUAUGUCUGACUGAUGGGGGAGAGCAGCGAGGAGACACACUAAACAUAGUGUCCCUUUAGUGUCCCUUUAGAGGUGUUUAACUCAACUAUAAAGACUGAGGAGGAAGGAAGGCAACAGAGAGAACACCACUGUGUGUCAGCUGGAGGGUAAAACCCAAUGUACAGCAAACACAUACACACACACUUUGCUUGGGGAGGUGAAAGGCCUGGCUGCCUACGUACCCUAACAGGGACCCUCUGUAACUCACUGGGAUAACUACUAAACACGUUUGCUGCUAUUGGUUUAUGAUGAGUAAUGUAUGUUGAGUGUAUUUAGUCCUCUUAUGUGUCUGUACCCUACAGCUGCCAUUGUCUCCUGGCGUGUGUGUGUGUGUGUGUGUGUGUGUGUGUGUGUGUGUGUGUGUGUGUGUGUGUGUGUGUGUGUGUGUGUGUGUGUGUGUGUGUGUGUGUGUGUGUGUGUGUGUGUGUGUGUGUGUGUGUGUGUGUGUGUGUGUGUGUGUGUGUGUGUGUGUGUGUGUGUGUGUGUGUGUGUGUGUGUGUGUGUGUGUGUGUGUGCGUACAGACCAUGCAAUUCAAUGCACUGUUAUAACAGGCUCCAGUGACAUCAGAGUCCUCUAUCAACACAUACCACUCUUCUCCUGUCUCACACAGACACACAGAUACAAACGGUCGAUGCAGAGACCUUUCCUCCAGUCUUUCAAUGUAGCAGAGUGGUAUUUAGAAACAUUUCAUCCAAGCCACUUCAACAGGCUGGUGUUGUUUUGGUUUGGUUUUCUUUAUUUUAUUCAGAAAUGAAAGACGUAAACAUUUUAAGCAACACCAAUGGGUUUAGUUCUGUCAGGUUGAAAUGGCGUCCUGUAACAUGUCUGUCUGUCUCACCUACCAACUGCAUGUCCAUCACUAGUGUUAGUCUCUGUGCUCCGUUGGGAGUUCACACACUGCUCUCUGUGUGGUAGUUGCCCCAAGGUACAGAUGCAGGAUCAGCUUACCCUCUCUCAAACCUAAUCUUAACCAUUUCCAGGGUAACUGAUCUUAGAUCUUCGGUUCUCUGGUUGCCAUUUUGGUUCCAGAGGCAGUGUUGUGUUUGCAGUUUCCCAGUGAGUGUACAAUCACACCAACAUUUACCAAUGUGUCCUACCGAGUCAUGCUGGUAAUGACAAGAUACUGUACAUAUUAUAAAUAUAUGAGUAUACAUAUUUUUAGGCCAGUUAACCCCAAUCUGUGCAUCGUGUGCCUUAAUUCAACGAAUGAUCGAUAUACAGAAAUAUUGAGGGAAAAAAGUGAUUUGGUCCUGAAUGUCAUUAUUGUUACAAUAUAACCUAAGCAACUCUGAUUAUUUGAAUUCAGAGUGAAAUUUGUGUUCUGCAUUUCAAUUUGUAUUUAUCUACCAAACUGCAGUUAUUUUGAUUCUAGAACUAAGAGUCGGUUUAGUCACCAACAUUCCAUUACAGAAUGCAGACUGAAGCAAAGCAUGCUGGGAUUACAGUAUCCGUAUAUGACCUCAUGAAGAAGAAGGCUGCUGAUAGAACAAGCUGAGGUUCCAUGCAGUGAAUGUACUAUUAUGGCAAGGGGAUGUAGACUGACUCUUGUCUUUUCUCUAAACGCUUUGCUUCAAAACACUCAGCUCAACAUGGCACUAUACAGCCAAUAUACAGUAAACAGUCAAUACAGUACUCAAUAAACCAUCCAACCCAGUAUUAAGGUAAACACUCCGGGUAAUUAUUAUAGAUCAAAGAUGUGUAUCUAAUGGCUUAAUAAACUGUUCCAUUAGAGUGAGCAGUGGUCAUGUGACCGGGACAUGUAAAACAACAGGAUGUGGGUCAGAUCUCACAUUGACAUUGAGGUUCAUGAUUUGGGUACAUUUACUUUAUUUGGGGAAUUAAUUUGUCUGCCUGUUUGGAACCCGAAGCCACAUUUUGUUUCAAAAAGAUAAUGGUAUUAAUUAAAGUCUGUUGUCUAUCAGUCGUCCUCUGCUAACCAGCGUUUGGGCUCACACACACACACACACACACACACACACACACACACACACACACACACACACACACACACACACACACACACACACACACACACACACACACACACACACACACACACACACACACACACACACACACACACACACACACACACACACACACACACACACACACACACACCCCUGUUCCAUGCGUCCAGACAUGCUGUGCUCAGCUGUCUUGUGCAUUGCCAUAUUGACCUGGAUCUUUGUGUUGCAGUGUCAGUCUAAAGCCUUCCUACCCUCCUGUCUAUCUAUGCUCUGUGUGUGCAGAUGAACCAGCCUCGUUGACAUUACCUUUCUAAUACUGUUCUGAUUGGACAGUAAGCCCUCCUGAUGUUUGUUCAGAGUGUUUGUAGAUAUGUUGUAAAGUUGGAACUGUGAAUGUGUACAAAAUGAUCGUCUUUUGUUUCAGGACUUCUUGUUGAAUUUUUUUUAACACGGCAUGUAUAGUUGAAAUAAAAUAUUACUGCACAGAAUUCUGA